AUCUGCUGUGGUUCCGACACUUGGGAACGAGGUGGAGGUUUGCAGCGCCAUACAUUUCGAAGGGGUGGCCUUAUCUGAGUUCCACCCUAUCCCUCCUCUCUCUCUGUAGCCCACGCCGCCUCUCUUCUUCUCUCCCUCUCUUCCUCUCCUAAGUUGGUUAGUGUCUGCGAGUGGCUGAGAACUUUGAACUUACUACCGGGCAACUACAGAAUCCCUUCCGCAAUCCAUCGGCAGAAAAGGCGGAAGAGGGUUUGGGUCACUACCAACCUUUACUUCUAUUCGGUUCUAGCACCUGGGGCUGGACUUUACACAGCCUGGUAUCAAUGGCUUCUUCUAUUAUAGGCGUUUCUUCUGUUUACCAGACGACGGCUCUUGAGCUUUCUAGAAGGACAUCUGCACAUUCCCUUUCUCUGCUAUUCUCCGAUAAGACUCACUUAGGCGUUUUCAAAGCUCCAAACACCAGGGUUCUCUCAGAUGCUUCUCUAAGGAGAAGUUUCAAGCAGGGCAUUUCCUUCGUUCCCUCUGCCAUUGCUACUCCUAAUUCGGUGCUGAGUGAAGAGGCCUUCAAAGGUCUCGGUGGUUUCUCUAAAGACCCUUUGGAUGUCACUGACACAGAUGACGACUACGACCCUGAAAUUGAGGCCUCUGCUGCCGCCCAAGAAGACGAACUCGCUCUUGCCCAAUUGGGUUUGCCUCCGCGCCUCGUCGAAUCCCUCGAACAACGAGGAAUUACACAUCUCUUCCCCAUUCAGAGAGCUGUGUUAGUGCCUGCUCUAGAAGGUCGAGAUCUCAUUGCCCGGGCAAAGACUGGGACAGGGAAGACAUUGGCCUUUGGAAUCCCAAUUAUUAAACGCCUCAGUGAAGAUGAUGAAAAAAGAACAUCUCAGAGGCGGUCUGGACGGCUUCCUAGAGUUUUGGUCCUAGCACCUACCAGGGAGUUAGCAAAGCAAGUGGAGAAGGAAAUUAAAGAGUCUGCACCUUAUUUGAGCACAGUUUGUGUCUAUGGAGGAGUUUCUUAUAUCACACAGCAAAAUGCACUUUCCCGUGGAGUUGACGUUGUGGUUGGCACUCCAGGUAGAAUCAUUGACCUGAUCAAUGGCAACAGCCUCAAAUUGGGAGAAGUUCAGAAUUUGGUCCUUGAUGAAGCUGAUCAAAUGCUUGCCGUUGGAUUUGAGGAAGAUGUUGAAGUUAUUUUAGAAAAACUCCCAUCUGAGCGCCAAAGUAUGCUUUUCUCUGCAACCAUGCCUGCUUGGGUGAAGAAACUUGCAAGGAAAUAUUUGGACAAUCCUUUGACAAUUGAUUUGGUGGGUGACCAUGAUGAAAAGUUGGCGGAAGGCAUCAAGCUCUAUGCAAUACCAACAACUGCAACUUCUAAGCGGACCAUUCUUAGUGAUCUUAUAACGGUCUAUGCAAAGGGUGGGAAGACCAUUGUUUUCACACAGACAAAGCGAGAUGCUGAUGAAGUCUCAAUGGCACUAACAAAUAGCAUUGCUUCGGAGGCACUACAUGGUGAUAUAUCUCAGCAUCAAAGGGAGAGAACGUUAAAUGGUUUCCGUCAAGGAAAAUUCACUGUGCUUGUUGCUACUGAUGUUGCGGCGCGUGGGCUUGAUAUUCCUAAUGUUGAUUUAAUUAUCCACUAUGAAUUGCCCAAUGAUCCAGAGACUUUUGUGCAUCGCUCUGGUCGUACUGGACGUGCAGGAAAAGAGGGCACUGCCAUUCUGAUGUUUACUAGUAGCCAGCGGAGAACAGUCAAAUCCCUUGAACGUGAUGUGGGAUGCAAGUUUGAGUUUAUUAGCCCCCCAGCUAUUGAAGAGAUUUUGGAGUCAUCAGCUGAACAAGUUGUUGCUACUCUUAAUGGAGUUCAUCCCAAGUCUGUGGAGUUCUUUACCCCAACUGCACAGAAACUGAUUGAAGAAAAAGGAACAGGUGCUCUUGCAGCUGCGCUGGCACACCUGAGUGGUUUCUCGCAGCCUCCUUCAUUCCGGUCUCUUAUUAGCCAUGAACAGGGAUGGGUGACAUUACAAUUGACACGUGAUUCUGGUUAUUCUAGAGGGUUCCUUUCUGCUAGAUCUGUCACUGGAUUUCUUUCUGAUGUUUAUCCUACAGCUGCUGAUGAAUUAGGAAAAAUAUACUUAGUUGCUGAUGAAAGGGUUCAAGGAGCAGUCUUUGAUCUUCCAGAGGAGAUUGCAAAAGAGCUGCUGAAUAAGCAAAUGCCACCUGGGAACACUAUUUCCAAGAUUACAAAGUUGCCUGCUUUGCAAGAUGAUGGGCCUGCAGGUGACUACUAUGGCAGAUUUUCCAAUAGGGAUCGGAGUUCUCGAGGUGGUUCUAGAGAACGGAGAGGUUCUAGGAUAUCACGUGGUCGGGGCAGCAGCUGGGGCUCUGAUGACGAUGGUGGUGAUGAUUUGAAUAGGCGUGGUGGCCGGAGUUUCAGAUCCAAUAAUAAUUGGUCUCGAAACUUAAGAACCAGUGAGGAUGAUUGGCUAAUUGGUGGUAGGCGAUCAAACCGGUCAUCAUCAUCUUUUGGAAGUAGGGAGAGAAGCUUUGGAGGUUCAUGCUUCACCUGCGGGAGGUCUGGCCACAGAGCAUCAGAGUGUCCAAACAAGCGGGACUAUUAGUUGUGAUGUCAACAGGAUCAGGUUUUUUUCAAUUGUGAGCAGGCCAGAGGCUAGUGCUGCUCCUGCUGGGCGUUAACCUAUACCAUUUUGUGUCUAGUCACGGGCCUGCUUAAUAGGUUAUUGAAAUGCUCCUGUUAAGAGCUACGACAGAAAGCAACUUCAAAUGACUUUUAUCUAUCACCAUAUGCGAUAUGUUGCUUGAGAUGUUAAAUUCUUUUGCUUUUAUGGCAAACUUGUUUUACCUCUUUUGUUAGAACUCAAGUUGGCAAUGGUAACCUUAUUUUAGCAAUAGCGGAAGUUUUGCAUUUGCCA